GCCCUGUAAAUACGCAACGAAGGUUCUUUGGACUAUCGUUUAUAAAGCAAAAUAGGUUUAUUAUUUUCGGUCGUAGAAUGCGUGGUUAAAAUAAUAUGGUGAAUCAAGCGUUAUUUUCCGUAUUUGGUUUGAUUUUUGGGGAAACCUUAAAAGACAUGGCCGGAGGACAUGCGACUGGAAUCACAUUAGUUAUGGCAGUGAGUGUUUGUGUUACGAACUUUUCUGGACUAUUAGUGGGACCAAUGAUGAAGCGUGGUAUUAGUGUUCGGACUAUUACAAUACUUGGUGUAUUAAGUGUAGGACUUGGAAUGAUCUUAUCCAGCUUCGCUUCUACAAUAUGGCAUAUAGUCAUAAGCUAUGGCUUUUUUACUGGGUUGGGUCUAGGAUUGGUAGCGUCGUCGACCUUCUUAGCGAUAAGCGAGUUCUUCACCCAAAGAAAGAGCACUGCAGUUGGACUCUCAAUGGCUGGAACCAGUACUGGACAGAUGAUAAUGCCAAUUUUUGUGGGACUUCUGCUGAAAAACUAUCAAUUUCACGGCACCACACUAAUUUUAGGGUGCAUUAGUUGUACUGGAAUGGUUGGAGCUUUUUUGUUUAAGCCCAUGUUCUGUUGUGCAAAGGCUAACGAUCCACAUGAGGUGGAACAGGGAAAAUACGAUCUGAAUAGUAAUGCAAAUGUGAACAAGCCAGAUAUAAAGAAACUUGACAACAAUACCUCCGAAUCUGAAUCUCUGUUAUCCGGACAAGUCAGAGCUAUAGUCGUGGCAGAAAGCGACCCUAAGACUAAAACCCCAUUUAUUAUUGUAUCUAAAGAAAGUAUGCUGCAAAAGCGUACAUCCUGCUUAAGAAAGGUUGUCACAACUUGGGACUUACAUCUUUUAAAAGACUUCAGAUUUGUGCAUAUGUCGCUUGGGCUUGGACUGGGAUAUGUGAGUUCGAUUAGCUUCAGUACUUUCUUACCAAUGUUUUUGCAAGACGAAGUUAAAUUUGAUAUGUGGCAAACCACAACUUGCAUGACUGCUUUAUCAGCUGCUGAUAUUGCUGGCCGAAUGACUACUUCGGAGAUUUUCAGAAAGUUGAAAUUAGGAAAUCGAUCACAAUUUAUGAUCGGUGCUAUUUUACUUGCAAUAAGUCGUUCACUGUUAGUUUCACUGACUUCCUACAACAUGAUGCUGGUGUUAUCAGUCGUUGUUGGAUAUAUUCGGAGCAUCACAGUCAUUAACCAGAAUUUGGUGAUUUCUGAGUAUAUUCCCAAGCAUGAGCUCCCUUCAGCUGUCGGUCUAAAUAUGUUGGUGAAAGGUUUCUUUGUUAUGUCUGUUGGAGAACCCUUAGGUAUGUUGAAAGAUGCUUUUGACUAUGACACGUGUAUACAUUUACUGGACGUUAUCCUAAUUUGUGUGGUCAUAAGCUGGACCACAGAAAUCGUUUUGUAUAAGAAAUGUUUAAAGAAACGUAAGGAGAAUAAUGUUAUAACCACCACUCCAGCAGCUUAACUGAAGGGUGCUGGGGAAUUUUUAAACAACAUUCUACUUAAUUAGUUUUACGAUGUACAUACAUAGGCGUAUUGAACUUAGUUAGACCAAAAUAAAAGUGGAAAAUAUUUAAUUUUCGUAGGUAUAGGUACUUGCGUAGUCUGGAAGAUUGCUGAACUUUUUCAGAAGUAGUUGUGUAUUCACAUAAAUGAUUGUGUGUUUUGAAGAUCUACCAGUACUUAUUAAAUAACUUGUGAUAUUUAGUUUUAAUUGUAGUAUAGAUUUUGUAUUAUAAAACUAUCUUAAAUUCUAUAUUUGUUAUUAUGAGUUUGUCGGCAACUAGCUAGAUGUCUAAUAUGUUAUACAUAUAAAGUAAAUUAUUCUAGCAAAUAUAAUUUUCAAUAUUUUUUGUUCUGCAUAAUUAAUUUUAUAUGAUAUAUGUUGUUAAAAUGUAACUGCUAAUUUCGAAGAAGUUUGUAUUUGAACAGGAAUUACGUUAUUAUCCAUCAGGGAAGUAAAUAUUUACAAGAGA